AUGACCAACCCGGCGGCCACGCAGAACAAGGAAAUAGACUGCCUGAGCCCAGAAGCUCAGAAGCUGGCGGAGGCCAGGCUGGCAGCGAAGCGUGCGGCCCGCGCGGAGGCCCGAGAGAUCAGGAUGAAGGAGCUGGAGCGGCAGCAGAAGGAGGUUGAAGAGAGACCAGAAAAAGAUUUCACCGAGAAGGGGUCUCGUAGCCUGGCCGGCCUGUCUGCAGCCACACUGGCCUCGCUGGGCGGCACCUCGUCCCGGAGGGGGAGCGGGGACACCUCCAUCUCCAUCGACACGGAGGCGUCCGUUAGGGAGAUCAAGGAGCUCAGUGAGUUAAAGGACCAGAUUCAGGAUGUGGAAGGCAAAUAUAUGCAGGGGCUGAAAGAGAUGAAGGACUCGCUGGCGGAAGUGGAAGAGAAGUAUAAGAAGGCGAUGGUUUCCAAUGCCCAGCUGGACAACGAGAAGAUGAACUACAUGUACCAGGUCGAUACCCUGAAGGACACGCUCCUGGAGCUGGAGGAACAGCUGGCGGAGUCUCGGCGGCAGUAUGAGGAGAAAAGCAAAGAGUUCGAGCGGGAGAAGCACGCGCACAGCCUGCUGCAGUUCCAGUUCGCCCAGGUGAAGGCCGCGCUGCAGCAGAGGGAGGAGAUGCUCGAGAAACAUGGAAUAAUCCUAAAUUCAGAAACGGCUACCAAUGGAGAGACUUCAGACACCCUAAAUAGCGUUGGAUACCCAGGUCCUACCAAGAUGACAAAAGAAGAGCUGAAUGCCCUCAAGGCGACGGGGGACGGGACCCUCGACAUUAGGUUGAAAAAGCUUGUUGACGAACGGGAGUGCUUACUGGAACAGAUUAAGAAACUCAAAGGGCAGCUGGGAGAAAGACAGAAGAAUGGCAAGCUAGACCUGCUGCGCCCUGAGGACGCUGUCUUAGAGAACGGGACAGACGUGCACGUGAUGGACCUGCAAAGGGAUGCCAACAGACAGAUCAGCGACCUCAAAUUUAAACUUGCAAAAUCUGAGCAAGAGAUAACUGCACUAGAACAAAAUCUCCGCUCCGCACUGGACAAAACCGAAGAGCUGGAGGUGAGCAAUGGCCACUUAGUGAAGCGUCUGGAAAAAAUGAAAGCCAAUAGGAGUGCGCUCUUAUCCCAGCAGUGA